CUGGCAACCACAUGCUCAUCAGGGCCAUUAAAAGUGUGCACGGAAGCAAGAGAGAGCAGCAUGAGGAGCAACGAAAGGAGGUGAUGUCUGGAUCAGAGUCUCACGCCGACAGAGAGGAGGACUACAGGUUCCUCCACAGCAUGUUGAUGGAGAAGAAGCUUCAUCUGCUCUUUAAGAUCCACGAGCGGCUGAGGCGUUUUGAGAAGCGUAGCCCCGCCCCCGUCCGAGAGCACGCGGCCAGUCUGGCCUCAGAAUUGGCGGAGGAGCUGAUAGAUCAAGGCUGGAGAGACGAAGUCGAAGAACUGGUUGCUCUCUUGUCCAAACCCAACUUUAAGAUUCUCCUGUCUGUCCAUGACGCUGCAGCUCAGAGGGACUUUGAGCCUCGUCUGCCACCGAUACCCGAUGACGCGCUGGAGGACGACGAGGAUUCGGUCAAAAUCGUCAGUCUGGUCAAAACCAAAGACCCCCUGGGGGCAACAAUUAAGAGGGAUGAAUCCACCGGGGCUAUUGUGGCGAGGAUCAUGAGAGGAGGAGCAGCUGAUAAAAGUGGCCUGAUCCAUGAAGGAGAUGAGCUGAAGGAGGUGAAUGGAGUCCCACAGGAGCACAGGAAGCCAGAGGAGAUCCUUCCUCUUUUGCUGUUCAUGCAGGCUCUGUUUGACUAUGAUCCGAACGAGGAUGCCACCGUUCCGUGCAAGGACGCAGCAGUGACCUUCAGGAGAGGGGACGUCCUUCAGAUAGUCAGCAUGGAGGAUGACACCUGGUGGCAGGCGCGUCGCCUCGGGGACGGCAACGCUCGGGCCGGGCUCAUCCCCUCGCAGCAGCUCCAUGAGAGGAGAGUUGCCCUACAGCGACCUAAAGCCCUGUUCACGCCUCCACGGGUCAAACCACCAGAUGAGGGGGAAGUCGUGGAGGAUUUGGACUGCGGAGCGAUAACAGGGAUCCACAUUGCUGGUUUAAGAAGGAGUUUCCGACUCGGGCGAAAGAGCAGCUUGGCCAGAGAAGCAGCUCGGUCCAGGAGGUGGAGCACAGGGGUACACAGCUCAAUUCGCCCCCCGACCUACAAAGAGGUGAUCCCCUACCACAGAGACGCCAAAGACAGACACCGCCUGGUUGUUCUGGUUGGGCCCAGCGGCGUUGGCGUUAAUGAGCUGAAGAGGAGGCUCCUGAUCUCCGACCCUGACCACUUGGGCGUCACUGUACCGUACACCCCACGUGAGAGGAGAAGGCGUGAGACUGAAGGGGUGGAUUAUCAUUGUGUGUCGAUUCAAAUGUUUGAAGAGGAUAUUCUCAAUCAUAGGUUUAUAGAAUAUGGGCAACACAAAGGACACUGCUAUGGAACCAGUCUAGACUCUGUGCAAAGAGUGAUGGCUGAAGGCAAGGUGUGCCUCCUAGACGUGCACCCUAAUAAAAUAAAGCAUGUGUACACAUCUGAAUUCAAACCAUACGUGGUGUUCGUGAAGCCCCCGCAAAUAGAGGCGCUACGCCUGACCAGACGGAGGGCUAAAUUCAUCUGCGAUGAGGAGGAUAAGAACUCAGUCAGGAUCUUUUCAGAGGAGGAUUUUGAGGACAUGAUUACCUUGGCUGAAACCAUCGAAAGCCAGUGCAGUCACUUGUUUGACAAGGUGAUUGUUAACGGAGAUAUCGCUGAGGUGUUGAGAGAGCUGAAGGUGGACCUGGAGAAGUAGGAGGAGGCAGAAGUCCAGUGGAUUCCUGCAAAGUGGAUUUGCUCUUCACCAACAAAAGCAUAG